CCGAACCUCGCGAACCCAGCAGCCUGAGAAGAACCUACUUAGAUCGGUCUUUUUUCAUUUUUUUAUCUCUCUCCUCUGGUCUGUUGGGAUUUUUUCUUUGUCUCUCUCCUUCACCUUAUCUCGCUCCUGAUUCCGUUUCCUCUUUGCUCAAAGCCUGAUUGGAUUUUUUCUUAAAGCUUGGGGAAUGAAUAGAAUUGGUUUUAUUCCUCUGUGUUAAAGUAAUCUUGGAUUUUGAGGUUGCGAUGUAUACUAGAGCAAUAAAGAGGAAUCAGAGAUGGGGUUUGGUAUUGCAGCAAGCCAAAUACUUAGUUAGGCCAGCCAUUCGAGACUACACGGUGUCCAGAUCUUAUGGAUUCACAAAUAAAUUAACAAAUCAUUUGAGUAGAGAGUCUCUCCUCUGCUCAUUUUCUCCCCGUGGUAAUAGUCUUGCCUCGGGAAAUUGUUUAAGAUUUCCGAGGAACAGUCAGCUUCGUAGUUUUAGUUCUGAAGGUGAUGGAAGGAAUGCUAGUGAGGACAAACAUGUCUCUUUGAACAAAGAGAGUGGCAUAGAUGAUGGCAAAACCGAGAAGGAGAAAAGUAGUUGCAGUGUUGGGAAUUUAGAUUCGCAUGCUAAACUUGGAGAACAGGACCAAAUAGAAUGGCUCGAUAACGAGAGGCUUUCUAGUGAAUGCAGAAAGAAGGAGACACCUUUCCUUAGUAGACGAGAAAGAUUCAAAAACGAGUUCUUACGGAGAGUCCAACCUUGGGAAAAGAUGCAGCUUUCUUGGGAGACCUUCCCUUACUAUAUCCACGACCACACGAAAAAUAUUUUGGUGGAAUGUGUUACCUCACAUAUAAGACAAAAGAAUGCCGCUUCCAUAUAUGGUGCCCGUUUAGAUUCUUCAAGUGGAAGAAUAUUGCUCCAGGGUGCUCCAGGCACUGAACUUUACCAAGAGAGGCUAGUGCGAGCACUUGCUCGUGAUGUACAAGUUCCCUUGUUAGUUCUUGACAGCAGCGUUCUUGCCCCUUAUGAUUUUUCUGAUGACUACAAUGAAGAAUCUGAAUCCGAUGGUGAAAACGCAGAAGCGGAAGCAGAAGGGUGCGCUACAGAAUCUGAAGCUGAGGAAGAAUCUGGAUCUAAUGAUGAGGAGGCUUCUGAAGCGAAAACAGAUGGUAGUGACAAUGAUGAAGCCUGCAUCAAGGUUACUGAGGAAGAUAUCAAGAAAAUUGUGCCAAAACUUGAGGAGUUUGGAAAGUUAGUAGCGGAAGAACUACAAGUUUCUGGUGAAGCUUGCGAAGCGGCAACUGUUGAGCAUUCUGAUAAAGCCAGGCGACCUGCAAAGAAAGGAGAUCGAGUAAAAUAUGUUGGGCUUUCUAAGAAGGGGGAUGCAAAGCAGAGGCCAUUAUCUAGCGGACAGCGUGGAGAGAUCUUUGAGGUGAGUGGGAACAGCAUUGCGGUCGUAUUUGACAAUGAAGGUGAUACAUCAUCAGAGGGAAGCAAGAAGAAACCAACAAAGCAGUCCCAAAAGCUACAUAUGCAUUGGAUAGAUGUUAAUGACCUCAAGCAUGAUUUGGAUAUGCAGGAAAAAGAUGGCUACACUGCCGUGGAGGCUUUAAAUGAGGUUUUCCAAUCCACGCAACCACUUAUUGUCUAUUUUCCAGACUCGUCCCAGUGGUUGUCUAGAGCUGUACCUAAAUCAAAACGAAAUGAGUUUGUAGACAAAGUUCAGGAAAUGUUCGAUAAAUUAUCAGGUCCUGUUGUAAUGAUCUGUGGACGGAAGAUUGAAACAGCCUCAAAAGAGAGAGAGAGAUUCACGAUGAUACUCCCAAACUUUGGCCGCAUUUCGAGACUGCCCCUUCCGUUGAAGCGUCUUACUGAGGGACUCACCGGAAGGCAAACAUCAGAGGAGAAAGAGUUAUACAAUCUCUUCACUAAUGUUAUAAGCCUACACCCUCCUAAGGAAGAAGAUACCCUCGUAGUAUUCAACAAACAACUUGGAGAAGAUAGAAGAAUUGUGGUAUCACGGAGCAAUUUGAAUGAGCUACUUAAGGUGCUUGAGGAAAACGACUUAUUAUGCACAGAUUUGUACCAAGUGGACACCGAUGGCGUGAUAUUGACAAAGCAAAGGGCAGAGAAAGUUAUUGGCUGGGCAAGAAACCAUUAUCUAUCAUCUUGUCCAAGCCCAUCGAUUAAAGAAGGCCGCCUGAUUCUGCCUCGUGAAAGCAUUGAUAUUUCAGUUAAAAGGUUAAAGGCACAGGAAGAUAUCUCCCGGAAGCCUUCACAUAGCUUGAAGAAUAUAGCAAAGGAUGAGUACGAAAGCAAUUUUGUUUCAGCUGUCGUUGCUCCUGGAGAGAUUGGUGUCAAAUUUGACGACAUUGGUGCUCUCGAACAUGUGAAGAAGGCAUUGAAUGAGUUGGUUAUUCUUCCCAUGAGAAGACCAGAGCUCUUCACUCGUGGAAAUCUCUUGCGGCCGUGUAAAGGCAUAUUGCUUUUCGGUCCUCCUGGUACGGGUAAAACGCUACUUGCCAAGGCGCUUGCUACAGAAGCUGGGGCAAACUUCAUUAGUAUAACUGGCUCAACACUUACAUCAAAGUGGUUUGGAGAUGCAGAGAAGCUCACAAAAGCUCUGUUCUCAUUUGCAACCAAACUUGCGCCUGUGAUUAUUUUUGUCGAUGAGGUUGACAGUUUGUUGGGGGCUCGUGGUGGUGCUUUCGAGCACGAGGCAACACGAAGAAUGAGAAAUGAGUUCAUGGCAGCUUGGGAUGGUCUCAGGUCAAAAGAUAGCCAAAGGAUCCUCAUCCUCGGUGCCACCAACCGACCUUUUGAUCUUGAUGACGCCGUCAUUCGUCGUCUACCAAGAAGGAUAUAUGUGGAUUUACCAGAUGCGGAAAACCGGAUGAAGAUUUUGAAUAUAUUUCUGGCUCAAGAAAAUAUUGAAACUGGUUUCCAGUUUGAUAAACUUGCAAAGGAAACCGAAGGAUAUUCAGGAAGCGAUUUAAAGAAUCUAUGCAUCGCUGCUGCGUACAGACCUGUUCAAGAAUUGUUACAGGAAGAAAACAAGGGUUCGGUAGGGAAUGCAGCUCCUGAUCUACGGCCUCUGAGUUUGGACGACUUCAUUCAAUCUAAAGCUAAGGUAAGUCCGUCUGUGUCGUAUGAUGCAACUACUAUGAACGAGUUGAGAAAGUGGAACGAGCAGUACGGUGAAGGAGGAAGCCGGACUAAGUCUCCUUUUGGUUUCUAAAAGCAAUUUUGUUCCCUAUAUUCAAUGUCUCCUCUUUUUAGGAAUCAAAAACUCACUAAUUUUUUUCAUGUCAUAAACAAUAAAAAUCACUACUGAAUUUCAAUCCUAUAUUUUUAAAAAUAGAUAUAAAAUAUAGCCAAUUCACU